UAUUGUUCCAUCAUGUCUUCGUUGUUUGAUUGAAUUUUAAUUUUCACGUGUUUUGUAGAUAAUUUUAGUUUUCUUUUAUAUAUUAUAAUAAAAUAAAUUAAAAAUGGCUUUAAAACGUUUAAAAACUAAAAAAUCAAAACGUAUGACGGGAAAACUUAAGCAUAAAAUUGAGAAAAAAGUACGGGAUCACAAUAGAAAAAUAAAACGUGAAGCAAAAAAGAAUCCAAAAAAGGGGAGUAAAAAACAAAAGUUGAUACAGAUUCCAAAUAUCUGCCCAUUUAAGGAAGAUAUCUUGAAGGAAGUGGAAGAGGCCAAAAAGCGAAAGGAGGAGGAGCGCAUAAAGAGACGUGAGGCUUAUAAAUUAGAAAAGGAUCAAAAUAGAUUCAAAUCUCUUGAGGCAUUGGUAGAUGAUGCUGAUGUCCGUGGAACAGUGCAUUCAAUAAUGCAUGAAAAUGAAACUGGAAAAAAUGAGAAACUUUACAAAGAAUCAGGAUCUAAGGAACAAUCUCUAAAACAAUACUUUAAAGAGUUCAAAAAAGUUUUAGAAAAUGCCGAUGUUGUAUUGGAAGUUGUAGAUGCUCGUGAUCCCCUAGGUACCCGCUGCACAGAAGUUGAACGUGCCGUGCGUUCGGCUCACGGCAACAAACGACUCGUUUUGAUAUUAAAUAAAGCCGAUUUGGUCCCUAAAGAAAAUUUAAACGCCUGGUUAAAAUAUUUCAGGCGUUUGGGUCCCGUAACUGCUUUUAAAGCAUCCACCCAGGAUCAAAACACAAAAUUAGGAAGGCGCAAAUUCAAUCAAAUGAACUCUGAAAAGGCUAUGCAAGGAUCGAUGUGUGUUGGAGCCGAGUUGCUGAUGUCUAUGCUGGGUAAUUAUUGCCGUAAUAAAGGCAUUAAAACAUCCAUACGUGUAGGUGUUGUUGGUAUACCAAAUGUAGGAAAGAGUUCUAUUAUUAAUUCUCUCACGCGUGGAAAAACAUGUUCUGUUGGAUGUACACCAGGUGUUACUAGAGCAAUGCAAGAAGUGGAAUUGGAUUCUAAAAUAAAACUUAUUGAUUGCCCUGGUAUUGUGUUUACAAGUUCGGGUAAUAAUGAAAAUAUGCCAGCAGUUUUAAAAAAUGCUCAACGUGUGGGAGAUGUAAAAGAUCCUUUUACUGUCGCUGAAAGUGUUUUAAAAAGAGCAAGCAAAGAAUAUUUUUGUAAAUUGUAUGAUAUCACUGAGUAUGACACAUUUGAGGAAUUCUUUGCUAAGAAAGCCGCUAGAAUGGGAAAAUUUUUAAAGAAAGGAGUACCUGAUGUUGUUGCCGCAGCUCGUAGCGUUCUAAAUGAUUGGAAUACUGGAAAAAUUAAGUAUUGCACUCAACCACCAGAAGUUUUAGAAAACAAUGAUGUCCAUGUGAGUGCUUCUAUUGUACAUGCAGAGGCUCGCGAAUUCGAUGUUGACAAUUUCGAAGCAAUGGAAACUGAUAUUUUAAAUAAUUUUGAUGUUAAAAAAGAUGAAGUAAUGGAAAUAACUUCUACGGGUCCCGUAGAAUAUAAAGCACCAAAAGAUGAUGAUGAGGAAGAAGAGCCAAACACCAUUAUUGAUGAAAGCGAAGUUCAUAGUAAAGGAAAGAAGCGCAAAGUAGAUGAAGAUGGUAAUAGAAAACCAAAAACAGAUCCCACAAUGGAAUUAGAGGGAAAUCAAACACUUAACAAAAACAUUAAAGAACAAUUAAAGAAAAAGAAGAAACAAAAUGCACGCAAUGAAAAGAAAGUUGCUAAAAUUGCAGAUGUUCUGGAUAACUUCAGCCUAAGUACAUCAAAUGAUGAUAAGGAUGAUAAAUAUGACUUUGAUGAAGACUACGUAAUUGAAUAAUUUGUGCCUGCAUAUAAUACUAUUUUAAUUUAUAGAUAUAUUAUAAUAUAAUAUAUAAUACAUAGUUGCUAUUUUAAUUUUUUACAUAAAAUUAUAAUUUUUUCUUUUAUAAAUAUAAAGAUUUUGAAAUGUA